GGAGGUGGUGCAAAUCGCGCGCGCGCCAAGGCUCCUCGUAACACACAUCUUAAACUCGGUGCUUGUAAAUUCUUUUGAACACGUUUUGGACGCUUGAAGUAAUUGUUUGUGGUUUUGUUCAGGUAGUAUAGUAUAAAUCUUUCGUGGCAAAGGCUGCACAAGGGCAGUCGGGAAAAUGCUUACUUGAGUGUGAAGUGAGAGGCGAGAGGACAUCAGAAAUAGAGAGAAACGCUGAGCGGUGAGUGCAGGUAGCAAUGCGAGUACCGCUUGUGCUGCUUGGGGGCAUCGUCGUCCUCUCGGUCGCGGUCGCGAGGGCCCUGUCCUGCGUCUGCUCGCCCCUGGAGUGCGACCCACUCACCAAAGACGACUGCCCCGGCGGACUCACCUGGGAUCCCUGCAAAUGCUGCCGAGUGUGCGCGCGGGUGGAGGGCGAGCCGUGCGGCGGCUUGUUCGGGUUCUCCGGCAGGUGCGCCGUCGGGCUGCAGUGCCUGAUCAAGAAUCUCGUCCCGCAUCCCCGUGAUUCGGCCGUCGACGAGGGCAUCUGCACAAAAAUCCCCGGGAGGACGAGACGGCACUGUCCCUUCGUGCCGAAGCUGUCGGAGCGGGGCUGCAAUCUGCUGGGCGAGGGUUCGACGAGCGACGCCGAGACCGGCCAACCGCAGGAUGCCGGCAGGUGCGUUUGCGGCCACCCCGUGCUCUGGUGUCCCGGAGAGCCCGAGCCCUACACCUACAAGACCCGGCACGAGUGCGAGCUCAACUUGGCCGCCAAAAUGACUUACGACAGCGGCCUGAGGCAUCGACUCGGCGCGGAGCAAAGGUGGGACGACUGAAGAGCGUAAUUUUUCGUUCACUCGGAGGAGCGAGGGAAAGAGGGACGAAGGUGAGGUAACAGAGACAACGCGAUCGAGGGGCGGUGUAAUAAUUAUACAGUGGGGUGGUGAUGGUGAACGAAAAGUAUCGCGUGCAGUGUGUGUUGUAAUUAUAUACCUGUACAAGGGGUGGGUACGUGUGGGUAUUAUAUGUAAAACACAGUGUGCCAUGACUGCAGUUCGUCGAGUGUCCCAGUGACAUCGUCAAAGACGGCCGGACACAAUAUUUACAGUAAAUUACAAAAGCACGCGCUCCGGAGACUCCCGUGUAUAAUGUGAAGUGCCUCCACGAACUUGCGUGUACACAACUGCUGUUCGACAACAAAGCCAAGAAUCCAAGAGCACCUGCAGCCCACCGGAAGAAUCCAUCAACGAUGGCGGCCAACGGUGCGUUACCGCUCGUCAUUGUCCUGCUCUUCUGUUAUCUCGUGCCGAGCAACGCGGCUACGUGUCCGACCGACAGUGUAGCGAUGGACGACGGUGAAUGCAAAUGCAUCUCGCCGUGUCCCAGGCACGAUUGCCAGCCCGGACUGCAGGCCAUCCGAGUGCAGGAGGCCAUACCCGAGAUCCCGGGGCUCUGCUGUCCUCUGUACGAGUGCCACA